UUGUUAAUUAGAGUUAUUAAGGUAAUGCUGCAUUGACAAUGCUUUUUCAUGCACCUAUAAAAUGCACAUAUUUGUGUAGCAAUAGAUAUAUCUCUCAAUCUGUGUGUUAUUACCUUAGGAGUUAGGUAAAUAUGGCAUACUCUCAACUUCAAAAGCUGGAAGCUAACGUGAGUAUCAAGGCUUCAGCUGAACAGUUCUAUGAUGUUUUAUGCCACAAGACACACCAAAUUCCCAAAAUCUUCCCUGAAAAAGCACUGUCUGUUGAAAUUCUGAAAGGUGCAUGGGGCACCGAGGGAUCUAUCAUCUCCUGGAAUUAUUUAUACGAGGGAAAAGUUUGUGUGGCUAAGGAGGUGAUUGAAGGCAUAGACAAGAAAAACAAAAAAAUGAGCUUCAAGGUUAUAGAAGGAGACGUGCUGGGACAUUAUAAGAGCUUCAAGUUUAUAAUGCAAGUUACUCCAAAGGAAAAAGGCAGCGUAGUGCAAUGUGUCGUGGAAUAUGAGAAACAGAAAGAUCACAUUCCUGACCCUCAUACCUUAUUGCAAUCCACUGUUGAGUUGUGCAAAAAAAUUAAUGCUUACCUUACUCAGGACAACAACUAAAUCAAUAUCAAUAGAAAGCUCAUGCUCUAUGCUAUUGCUAUCUAAAAUAAAAAUUGAUAUCUUAUGGGGCAUAAUUUCCCCUUACUUUCAUCAAUUAUAAAUUAUAUUAAACUCUUAAUAAAUUGCAUUAUCUACAAUUAGGCAUGAGUUGGGCACGUACGUACUUUAUGUCGUUGCAUUAUUUAUUUUCCGUGUGAACUUGUCUUCUUGUAACCUAUGGGAUUGAAAGUUUGUUUUGAAAUUAAUCUCCUUUACCUUUUGUGUGGAAUACACUACA